AUGGAUUGCACCGGUGCUGUAUCGUGGUUGAGAAACGUGCACGGGGCUAACGCCAGUCGUAAACCUCGCGCUCGGUCGACUGGAAAAGGCGUGUCAGUGCCGGCCACCGGUUUAAAUACCCUUUCUCUUUGCUCUGACAGGGAAUGUGAGUUAGAAAACAAUUCGCUGCAGAAUGUGUUAAAAAUGUGUUUAACAAAAAGAUUUGAAAAAAUAGGAUGGUUUGUGGAACGCACCGACCCGAAACGCGCGGCCGGCUGGGACCGCAUGAUAAAGCGCAUCCUGGGCUUCGAGGCCGGCCCCGAGCGGCAGUUCGCCCCCGCGCCCUCGCCCGCCACCAACACCGCCCCCGCGCCCGUGCACGCCCGCGCGCCCGCCUCCGCCGCCGCCCCGAUGCCGGUGCCCGUCCACGUCGCGUACCCGGUGCCGCCGGUGGAGGACGACAGCGCCAACAAGCAGAUGAAGAAGCUGGCGCGUGACUGGAUCGUGACGGCGCUGAGCGCGCCGCAGUCCAUGCUGCAGAUCGCCGUGCAGUUCCGCCACAUCGUCGAGGGCUUCUGGCCCUUCAACGACCCCGCGCGCAUGAACGUGCCGCACCCGGAGUUCAUGGACAUCAUCGCCGAGGAGAUGCAGACGAUCCUCGUCAAGUGCGAGGCGCCGACGCAGGGCUACCCGUGCGUGGCCGCGCAGCCGCACUCGCUGCCGCACUUCUGCAACUUCAUGCUGCUGCUGGGCCACUUCGUCGCGGAGUUUACGGCGCUGCCGUUCGACGUGCCCGAGUUCCUGUUCCACAUCGCGUUCCGCGCCUGCAACCUGUGCCUCAAGUCGCCGCUGCAGCUGCCCAUGGCGCAGGCGCUGCUGCGCGUGUGGAAGACGAUCGGCUGCGAGCUGGAGACGCGCCUGGGCGACUUCCCGGAGCUCGUCGACGCCGUCCGCGACGCCGUCAUCUACGGCAGCCGGGCGCUGGGCGCGCGCGCCGACCCCAAGGAGCUGCUAGUGGAGGCGCUGGAGCUGCGCUGUCGAGGCUGGCGCCCGCCGCCCCCGCCCGGCCCCGCGCCCUCCGCCGCCGGCAAGGGCAGCGGCGAGGGCGCCGGCGGGGCGGAGGGCGAGGGCGGAGUGGGCGGCGGCAGCGCGCUGGCCGACGCCCUGGCCCGCGCGACGAAACGGUGUACUUGACGGUGCAGCUGGUACGAAACCCUAUGAUGGCUAUUGAAACCUACAUAUUUGCAAGAUGUCACUGUAAAUCAAAUUUUAAGAUACAUGUGAAAACGAUGUAAAUUCAUGAAAAUGACGAAAAUUUGAAAUAUAUUUGAAAUGUAUUUGGAUUAUGUAAGAGAUUGCGACUGUAUUUAUACUAUUGUUACUCAGAAGUGUAUUUGGUACACAAUAAAUGUUUUGUGAGUCCUUCCAACUGAAGUGAUUAUG